AAGAUUACGAGGCUGACGAAGAUAUGGCUGAAAUGGCGGACAUCAAAACGGAGAGCAUGGACAGUUUCGAAUCAGAGGCCCUGGGCAGCGUGGGCAGCACGGCCGGCAGCUCCUGGCCGUCUUCGACGCCCGAGCCGUCGCCGUCACCCGCCUCCACGCCGACCUCCGCCGACGCCGCCGACGCCGACGCCGAGCCACCCUACACGCUCGGCGCCACUGAGCACACACCCUACCAGUGCCAGUUCUGCGACAAGGCUUUCCCGAGGCUGUCUUAUCUGAAGAAACAUGAGCAGACACACUCUGACCAAAUGCCCUUUCGGUGCGAGUUCUGCGCGCGACUUUUCAAGCACAAACGCUCGCGCGAUCGCCACGUGAAACUGCACACGGGUGACAGAAAGUACCGCUGCGCGCACUGCCCCGCUGCCUUCUCCAGGAGUGACCACCUGAAAAUUCACAUGAAGACGCACGACAACCAGAAGCCCUUCCAAUGCAACGUCUGCAACCGCGGGUACAACACAGCAGCGGCGCUGACGUCACACAUGCAGGGCCACAAGAGGGACCGCGAGGGCCGCGAGCCUGAUCGACGCCGUGCGUUGCGUUGCCUCCGCUGUGGGGAUGCUUUUAGGAGACCAGAUUUGCUCCAGGCACAUAUGGCCAGUGCACAUGGAGUAGAAUCCCCCACCAUGACUCCACCUCGGCGUGUAGCCUCGCAACCCCCGCCUGCACUCCUCGCGUGCAUAUACUGCACCCGCGACACUUUCACCAGCAUGGAACAGCUGCAACUCCAUGUCCGUGCUGCUCACUCCGCAUUGCUGAACGGAGAAACGCCGGUGCAGACUGUUGAUCAGCCUACACCCACAGAUCUCAGUAGACGAGCACCAGAUGAGGCACCUCCAGUGAAGAGACCGCGAUCUGGGUCUGGGACUCCACAGACCGCAUUGUCGCCGAGCACUCUUCUUUGCAACCAAUGCGAUGCGGCGCUACCAGAUUUUGAAGCAUUCCGAACGCAUUUAAAAGGUCACCUUGAAGAAGGGGGCGAACUUGGACGGGCCAGUCCAUCACCGUGUCUCCAUUGUGGAGCCACCUUCGCGGAUGCAGCAGCUUCUGAGCGCCACCUCGCGGCUUACUACCUGGCGGUGUCUUGCGAGUACACUUGCCACAGCUGCGCUCGAAGCUUCUCCGCUCCGGAUGAUCUCCAAAAGCAUCUCCUCGACUUACAUGCUCAUCACUUGUACCGAUGUUCGCUGUGCAAGGAGAUAUUCGAUUCCAAAGUGGCUAUUCAGGUGCACUUCGCAGUCGCUCACAGCGGCGAGAACAAAGUAUGGAUGUGUAGGUCCUGCGGCGGCAACGCGGGCCCGCUCCGCUCGGAAGCGGAGGGCGCCGCGCACGUGCGCUCACGGCAUGCAGCCGCUAGAUGCGCGUGCGGCGCAGUGCUGGGCGGCGCUGGUGCACGACUCCCGCGGCCUCAUCGCGCAUAUCGCUGCCCUGUGCCCACCUGCAAUGACACUUUUGCUGUGCAGUACUUGCUGGAGCGGCAUAUGCAAGCUCAUCAUGCUUCUCCACAUCAGGCUAUGAAUGGCGACAUCUCGCGAGUGAAGCGGCUGGAGAACAACAACGCAGCGGAGGGUGCGGACGGCGCCUGCUCCCCGUGUACUACGCUUGCUGAUGGGAAUGGCGUCGCGCCGGCGGGCGAGGAGCGGCGGCGCAAGAACGGUGCCGUGGCGCUGCAGUGUGCGUACUGCGGCGAGCGCACGCGCAGCCGCGCCGAAUUAGAGGCGCAUACUCGCGCGCAUUCAGGGGCGGCGGCCGCGCGCCACAAGUGCCUCAUCUGCGACGAGGUGCUGCCCUCUGCUGCCGUGCUAGCCGAGCACAAGCUCACUCACUGCAAGGUGGUUGCAGGAGACACGUGCGCGAGAUGCCGCGCUCGGCUGCCGUCCGAAGAGUCAUUCCUGACGCAUAUGGCUCGUCAUCAUCCGACGCUCCCCGCACCGUGCGUGGUCUGCCGACAAACCCUAGCGUCCGAGGCCGAGGCGCGCUUACACGCUCGCUUCCACUUGCGUCCAGCUGAGGAUGAGCAGAGAUGCGCGAUUUGUCUCCGGGCGCUGACUGAAUCAGAGGCAGGGGAGGGAGCGCGAGCGUGCUCUGCUUGCUACGCUCGCCAUGCCAAUCCACGACCACCUCCGCCAGCUGAUCACGAUUGCAGACUUUGUCGACGAGCACUGGGCUCUCCUACGCGACUGCAAGCGCAUCUCAUUGAACACACUUUCGCAGGCAUAAGCGCGUUCACCUGCUACUUAUGUUCGGCCGUAUUCACCAGUGCGGCUGGCCUCCAACGUCACCUCCCAGAACAUGCCUCAGCACCUAAGCCAUUCGACUGUGGACGAUGCGGAUUGAAGUUUUUCUUCCGCGCUGAACUGGACAACCACGCGUUCGUUCACUUGGAAGAAGCAGAGAUUGCACAGAGAGCGUUUUAUGAGGCUUAUGCGCGGGGAGCCGCGUCCGCGUGGGCCGCUUUGGCUCCACCAGAGACGAUUCAACCACCUCAAAUUUCGGCGCCUGCUCCAGCUUUGCCCGAGGUCAAACGCGAGCCAGAAAUAAAAGAAGAGCGUAACACAGAUGAGUACAUAGAGGUAUCGUCUCCCCCGCCGCCCGCACCGCCCCCGCAGCCCCCGGCCCCCUCCCCUCCGCCCGUGGUGAAGCAAGAGAAGCCCGACGAAGACUGAACGGGUUGCCAAGCGAACGUUGUCGUCCGACACGCGGAUCUCCCGCUGCAAUACUAGAAUACGUCCCGUAAUUAAGUAUUUAAGUUAAAGUUAAUGCCGUUGAAGUUUGCGUUUAGAACGCUGUUUUCCUGUAAGUUAACUAUGUCGUUUAUUUUGUUUAGGGGUCGUAAUGUUUUAUAAUGUUUACACGGCUAUUUGUAUAAACUGUUAUCUUAAUAAAUUAUUGUGUUAAGCUUC